AUCUCCUUGAGAUCCUAGUCGUUUCAGUAGCCGUCUUUGUUUCCCUGUGACCUGCAAGUACUGGGAGAUCUGUAGAGAGGACACCGGGACAUCUCUGAAGCUGUGAAAUGAAGGAGCAGUUGGGAACUUCAGUAUUUAAACAUGAGAAGGCAUACAGAAGAACUAGGGCAAUGGAUACUGAGGAACUGUUGACAUUCAGAGAUGUGUCUAUAGAAUUCUCUAUGGAUGAGUGGGACUGCCUGGACCCUGCUCAGCAGAAUUUGUAUCGGGAUGUCAUGUUAGAGACCUACAGUCACCUGGUCUUCCUAGGGCUUGCCAUCUCUAAGCCUGAGCUCAUCACCUGUCUGGAGCAAAGGAAAGAACCCUGGAAGGUGAAGACUCACCAGACAGUGGUCAAGCACCCAGCACUUUGACUAUAUCAUCCAACUCUUUUUUGAUAUGGAAGGUGUGUGUUGAAAAAUCCACUAGUAAUCUCAGAAGAGCAUGCUUAGAGGUGACACAUCUGUUUCCUUUCAUGGCUUUCAAGAUACUCUUGUGUAGCUUUCAAAUCUUUGAUCGUCAUGUGUCUUUUUAUGGGUUUCUUUGUGUUUCUCCUAGCUGAAGUGUGGUGAGCUUGAUGUUCUGUAUUUUUUUUCUUUGAAAUUUUCUCAGUCUUUUCCCUGUGUUCUUCAACUUAGGAAUUUCUCUUUUUUUAAAGCUUUUAUUUUUUUGUUUAUAUCUCCAUUUUUAUGACUUUAGUUAGUUUGUAUCAUUCCCAUUUCAUCCAUUUACCAUCAUGAAGAUAAAACUCUUAGGUAAUAUAUACAUCUCUCUUUUUUUAUGGUUGAUUGUACAUUAUUUAUUUUGUUUCCUCUGGUUUUGUCACCCUAUUAUUUUUUACAUGUUCUAAUCUUUCAUUGACUUUUGAGGAUCACAAAAGUCACCUUUCUUUUGUUGUUUUUUUUUGAGACAGAGUCUCACUUCUUUACACUUGGUAGAGUGCCCUGGCAUCAAAUAUCACAGCAAUGUCAAACUCUUGGGCUUAAGGGAUUCUAUUGCCUCAAACUCUCAAUUAGCUGGGACUUCAGGCGUCCACCACAGUGCCUGGCUAUUUUU